AUGAACGGGGACGUUGAAUUCGUACCAAGUCCGCUGCAAGCGUUAAUCUGCCCUGCUUGGUCACCAGGAUACAGCCUUUCCGAAAAAGAAUGGGCGUAUUUCGACAUUAAGCGAGCCAAAGCUAUUGACUGGAAAGAAGACCCGAUCCAGGAGCUUCAGCUCGAUGACAACGAAAGGCAGAUAUUGGUUGAUGUUGUUACGGAGCAUCUGGAAAAUGGAGCAUUUCGUGAUGUUGUUGGAGAGAAGGGACAGGGCUUGAUUAUUCUGCUUUACGGUCCUCCAGGAUGUGGAAAGACUCUUACGGCAGUAGAGUUGAUUGCAGAACAGAAGCGACGACCUCUUUUACGAAUUUCUUGCGGUGAUCUCGGCGAAGAUGCAUGGCGUACGGACAGAGAACUUCAUAACCUUCUCAAACUAGCACUGAAAUGCUCCGCAGUCGUACUUAUCGACGAAGCCGAUGUAUUCCUCUCAAAAAGAGCUGAAACCGGUACCGGCAAUUACGACCACAAUGGUCUUGUUGCGGUGUUCUUAAAACAUCUCGAGUACUUUCCUGGCGUUAUGUUUCUCACUUCGAAUCGAAAAGAUGAGUUUGACGACGCGGCCGAAUCUAGGAUUCACAUUCGUUUACAGUACGAGGCAUUGGACGUUGAUAGACAGGCAAAUAUCUGGAAAUCGCAUUUGAAGGGUUCUCAUGUCCCUGAAGAUUGGGAUCUCGAUGUUUGUCGAGAAUUGGCAAGGAAGUACGACAUCAACGGACGAGAAAUCAAGAAUUUGGUUCAUGUUUCAACGGCUAUCUGUCGGCAGAGAAACAGGAAGCUAUCUAUAAGCGAUAUUGAACAAGUGUAUGCGUUGAGGCGCAAGCCAACUUCGAAGCCUAUUCAGGUCUAA